AAUGAGCAAAAUAUAUUUCAUUCAUUCUCACAUGCUGUAUGCAUUUUGAAAAGCAUGUGUCAUAGAACGAAGAAGUAUCGUGCGUUUACAUAAUCACGUACAGUGCUUUGAUGUGUUCGACAUUCUUGUUACACGAACCGCGAUAUAACGGCUCAAGGAAGGUGCUAUUAUUCACGAAUAGAAACAGCCGAGAGAAGUACAUUACCUGCCGAACAUAGGAAUAUCUCAUUGACGAUAAUGUACUACGUAAAAAAUUAAUGCUGAUAAUAUUCUGUGUUUUAAUUGGAUACUCUAAAACAAAUUUUUUUUUUAAGAUCAUUACACAAUCAGGUUAAAUUAUAUUCGAAGAAAUAUCUCUGAAUCUUGAAGUUUAAAUUUUACUUUGUGCAUAUCUAUUUUUUACACUUUCUAUUUUUAUAUCUGUUUUUUAUAAAUUUAUAAAUUUUAUUUUUAAAUGUUAUUUUUUAUCAUUUUGUGAAAUAAAUAUAAAUAGAAGAAAAUAUAUGGAGGCUGGUAAAAUCAAGGAAUUAUAUAUCGCGUUCAUAUCACAUAAAAAUUAAAUACAUCUAAAAGCGUUUUGUCUAUUUGUAUGACUGACAAUCAGCUGAUUUCUGAGGACAUCACAAUGAUAUGCAUAGUCGCGCGAUAACUGGCACACGAUAAUUGACGUUGUUCUGUUUUUUCCUCCGCGAUAAGAAUUUGAACGUGUAAGAUAAGGUAGAGUAUUAGUCGACAGAGUCGGCUAGUGGCUCAUAUUCUUGACUGCGUGUGUGAGCAAAACGGUUUCCUUUCCAAGGCAUACAAAAGUGAAAAUCGCGGUUAAUCGUAAGGACGAUUACAAUCGAAAACGCACCGAUGCCCCAGGCGUCUCUCUUUUAUCUGAUUGUGUCGUGUAAAAAAACGAUUUGGCUGAUCUUGAAAAGCGAUGCAAACGUCGUCUUCUAAUAUUGAGGAUCAGGAUAUUGCGCCCUGUCCAAAACCUGAAAGUGGAAGGUGGCAUUUUUUUCACAGGAUUCCAAGCUGUCCUGUGAAAAAUUCACAGCCUUUGAAAGAGUUUGUCGGUCGCUGCCAGACUAUGCCAUCACGAGUGAAGAAAUCGUUUUGCGGCUGCCUCCAGGAUGAUGAGCCACCGGAAAUCACGUAUUGCGUUGUGGAACACACGGGUACGCUCACGCUACAAGCGAUGACACCUACCUUGCCAAUGCCAGCCGAGGAAGAGCUAAAUAAAAUGUUUCUCGAACUCGUCGACGAAUUGGACUUAACCCAAGCCAAUCGACAGGCGGUUUUAGCACUUCCGGCGAAUAAAAAGUGGCAGAUAUAUUGCUCUAGAAAAGGUAAUGGCACGCUGGACAACGGAGGCUUGCGGACAACCGAUCUGAGCGGCGAUCCCGAGGACUAUAUUAAUAGAUUGAAGACGAUAGCGAGCAGUCCUUUUCCAGAGGAAGAUGAGGAGAUAUCGAAUCAAAUGCGCCAAGCCGAAGCCCUAAAGACAGCUUUGAGGACGCAGCCGCAUAGUUUCGUUCUCAGAUUUAUAGAACUAAAUGGUUUAAAUGCUCUUUUACAAGUAUUAGAGACCAUGAAUGCUGAGGCGGCUAAUAGCAAUCUCCAUACCAGUGUCAUAGGAUGUCUAAAAGCUUUAAUGAACAAUUCGAAUGGUAGAGCGCAUGUGUUGGCGCACCCAACGGCAAUCAACACGAUAUCACAGUCGCUGGCGACUGAGAAUAUAAAGACAAAAAUUUCUGUAUUAGAGAUCCUCGGCGCAGUUUGUUUAGUGCCCGGAGGUCACCGCAAGGUCCUAGAGGCUAUGUUGCACUUCCAACAAUACCAUUCCGAGAGAACGCGCUUCCAAUGUAUAAUUAAUAAUCUCGAUAAAAACUUUGGCGCCUAUAAGGACAAUCUGUCCCUGAAGACGGCAAUCAUGUCAUUUAUUAAUGCUGUGCUAAAUUAUGGGCCGGGUCAGGUGACAUUAGAGUUCAGACUGCACUUGAGAUACGAGUUAUUGAUGCUCGGCAUUCAGCCUAUUAUCGAGAAACUGAGAAGGUAUGAGAAUGAGACACUCGAUAGGCAUCUCGAUUUUUUCGAAAUGGUAAGGAAUGAGGACGAGAAGGAACUUGCCAGAAAAUUUGAGAAGGAGCAUGUGGAUACUAAGAGUGCUAGUGCCAUGUUCGAUCUUUUGCGACGGAAGCUCAGUCAUACCGCUGCUUAUCCUCAUUUUCUUAGUUUGCUUGAACAUUGUCUUUUAUUGCCAUUGGAUUACGGUUCACAUCCUCAGCAUUGGUUGCUGUUCGAUCGAAUCGUUCAACAAAUCGUUCUACAGUCCGAAAGCAACGAGACAGGCUUGAUAAGAAAUCCUGAUGUAGCUCCGAUCGAAAUAAAUGUAAAAGAAAUUGUCCACCUUCUCGCAAAAGAAGAGGAACUUGUGGCAGCAAGAAAAAAGGCAGAAGAACUGGAGCGCGAAAAUUUGGAUAUGUCCACAAGACUGGCUAAGAAAGAGCAGGAAUUAGAUCUGAGAACUCAAGAGAAAGAAGAUAUGGAGGCCAGUUUAGCAAGAAUCAAAGAACGUCUCGAGAAAGAGACGUCGAUGCACAUAGAGACAAAACAAAAAAUCUCUGAGUUGCAAGAUAACCUUGAGACAUUAUCGCGACAAAUUAACAACGAAAAAUCUGAAAGAAAACGUCUAGAACAGUUGGUAGCUUCGGGAAGUUUACCAGACGAUGCAAAAGCUACUCUGAAAAUUGUGGAGGAUGAAGUACUUGAGAAGGUUGAGACAAAACCUACUCCACCACCACCGCCACCACCUCCAUUAGCACCACCACCACCUCCUUGUUUAAUGCCAAUUGCUCCUCCACCAAUGAAGGUGGAAAUAAUAAAGAACGUUCCGCAGCCAAGUAAUCCUUUGAAGUCGUUUAAUUGGUCGAAAAUACCUGAACAAAAAUUGCAAGGCACAAUAUGGUCUGAGUUGGACGAUAGUAAACUUUAUAAUGUAAUGGAUCUCGAGUCCAUCGACAAAAUCUUUUGCGCAUAUCAGAAGAAUGGUGUUUCCACGGAGGGCUCGAUAGAAGACUUAAGGACACUAGGAAAAAAUAAGAAAACGAUGUCAGUGAUCGAUUCGAGGAGGGCACAAAACUGCACGAUAUUAUUGUCGAAAUUGAAAAUGUCUGACAAUGAAAUCACUAGGACGAUAUUGUCAAUGGAUCAACAAAACAUUUUGCAUAUCGAUAUGGUGGAGCAGUUGCUAAAAUACAUACCGUCAUCGGAGGAGGCCGCCUCGUUAGAUAUUCAUCAGAAAGAAUUGCAGAAUAGAGCCGACAGUUUUUUGUAUCAAAUAUCAAAAGUACCGCAUUAUGAGCAGAGAUUGCGUUCUCUGCAUUACAAAAAGAAAUUUGCGGCUAGCAUCGCGGAAUUGACGCCGAGGAUGCGAGCAGUUUUAGAAGCAAGCCGGCAAGUGGCCAGAUCAAGAAGACUCAGAAAGCUUUUGGAAUUAGUCUUGGCGUUAGGAAAUUACGUAAACCGCGGAAAUGCGCGUGGUAACGCAUGCGGCUUCCGAUUGGCUUCUUUAAAUCGUCUAGUUGACACAAAAUCUUCUUGCUCAAAGGGUACAACUUUGUUACAUUAUCUCGUGCAGAUUCUCGAAGCUAGAUUCAGAGAGGUCUUAGAUAUCGAAGAGGAUAUGCCGCAUGUUAGGACAGCAGCUAGAGUCAGUAUGGCUGACCUGCAAAAGGAGGUCGCUAAUCUUAAAAAUGGACUGCAGGAUGUUCAGAGGGAAAUAGAAUUUCAUCGAGGUCAAUCUCAGGUACUUCAGGGUGAUAUGUUUUUACCAGCUAUGAGGGACUUCCAGGCGCAAGCCACAUGUAGAUUAGCAGAGGCUGAAGACUUAUUCCAAGACAUGAAGACUAGGUUUGAUCGAGCAGUGAGACUAUUUGGUGAGGAUUCGGCUGGUGUUCAACCAGAUGAAUUUUUCGGCAUCUUUGAAAAUUUCCUACAAGCUCUGGCUGAAGCGAGACAAGAUGUAGAAAAUAUGAGAAAAAAGGUUGAAGAAGAGGAACGUAGAGCAAAACAAGAACAGGAACUUCGGAAGAGAACAAUAGAGAGGAAGAACUCACGAGAAGGUAUCUUAAACAGCAUAUCGCUAACCAAAAAGAACGAAGCAAACAGUAACGGCCAAAAUGACAACAAGGGCGAAUUCGAUGACUUGAUAUCCGCUCUUCGAACUGGCGACGUAUUCGGUGAAGAUAUUGCCAAAUUCAAAAGGUCAAAGCGACGACCUGUUACACCCAGUGGUCAAGAAACACGCAGGCAUAGCACUCAUAAGGAAGAUUCCCGAGAACGUCAUUAGAACCUCCAUGAAUCCUGACAAUCGAAAAAAACUCGAUAAAUAAAUCAUUUUUUAACACAUUCUCACAAAAAUCGUUUAUUAAGAACUAAUCGCAUUUGAAAACAAAUUGUGUAGGCAAUCUAUUAUAAUUAUAAAUACAGAUAAUGUUCCUCAAUAUCAUUUACAAGUAUAUAUAUUCUAUCUAUAUCCUAUUGAUAAUUUGAUAUCAUUCGUGAAAGAUACGUUGAUUUACUAAUGCGUUUUUACAUGUAAUACAUAAAAUAUAUUUCAAAACUUACACACAAUACGGAAAGAUACAUAAAAGUUCGUUGUCCACAGAAGCAAAUUUUAUAUACGGAAUUUGGUACAUUUAUACAUUAAAUAUAGACAUUCUUUCCGCAAAAAUUUUAUACGAUGAAUUAAACACCAUUACGAAAAACAUUUACAGGAAUUUUAUAUUAAUAUUAAAAAUAUAUUAAUGUUAUAUAAUAUUCUUUACAAAAUGCACAUUAUACUUAGAAGGAUUUGCCAAAUCAGACGAAAUUUUAAAUGUUGAUACAUUUUUAGAAAAAUUUUGCGCGGAAGACUAACGUAAGCACCUUUGCAAAACAAAAAAUUAAUUGGAUGUGAAAAUAAUCAAUAUUUCUGAAGUAAAUAUUGUAUUUACAAAGAAAUGAAUGUGUGAUUAUCAGUAACAUACUUUGAUCAGUUUGCAAUAAUUAUUAAAAUUUUUUCAUUGGGAAAAGUUUUAAAUUACAAGUUAUGUGUGUAAAAUUAAUAAAAUACGAUCAAUACAAAUAAUUAUGCAAUGGAAAAUACAAUAAUUAUACAACGGAAUAAUCCAUAUUCAAUGGAUGUGCAUUCUUAAAGAAACACAUGCGUACAAUUUUAUUUUUUAUAAAAUACAUAUCAAUUGUGAAAGACAUAUAAAUUGACAAAGGUGCUAAUUUGGCUUGCAGAUAAAAUAUUUGUAAACUAAUGCAAUGUUUUAUUAAUAUUAAAUAUUAAUUACGGUCUCUAAAAAAUUAUACAAGGCAAAUUUUAUUUGAUAUACAAGCUACAAUACAUAUUUUGGUAGUUAAAAUCAACAGUAAUUAAGCAUAAUUAAUUUCGCAAAAUCUUGCUAGCAAUAGUAAUCUAAUAUUAAAGCAAGACAAGACAUUCAUAAAGUUCCUGUCCAUUGUCAGAAUCAAAACAAUGCAGCAAAUCAUCUGUAGCAUAUGUUUAGUAGGAUAUAUUUUUUAUUUUACUUAUAGGAAUUAAUAAUUUUAUCUUGAACGUGCGAUAAGAAUAAACACCUCGUAAGACACGCAAAAUUCGUGGUGUUUAAACAAUAAAUAAUAUUGAUCAAAAGGAAUGAUUUUUUAUCCAUCAAAAUAAUAUCUACCAUUAUUAAUAAAUACAUAAAAGGCCUAGGUAAGCAGUAAAUAUAUAGCUAGUUAAUUGCUCCCGGAAAACUAAAAGUCUGAUUUUCUAAGUUAGAAAAAUAAUACGAUUAUUACAAUUUAGAUACGAUUAAAAAACUAUAUUAUAUCGGCUUUAUGCCGCCAUUAAAGUUAGUUUUCGAUGUGUAGAAAAAGAAAACUAUAAAAAGUGACUAGAAGAGUUUGCUGUAUAGUAAUCGAUGUUUUGUAAGCUUUUGUACUUUUGUAAAUAUUUAAUAUAUAAUUGAUGUUUUCAUGCUCGAUGCAUAACUAUUCUGCAGGAAUCAAUGUCCAAUUAAUAUAUUAUAUAUAUCAUCGAUAUCUCGCAUGUAUCUAUAUAUGAAGAAAUAUACCAAUUAAAUGUAAAAUCUUAAUAGUUUUAA